AUGCUAGAGAAGAGAAUUGACAUAGAAAAGAUUAAAAAAGAUAAUAUUAAGGCAUUUCUUUCAGCUUUAGACUCUGUCUGUGGCAAAAAAACACUUAUUCUUGAUCGCUAUUUAAGCGGGCCUAUUGGGCUGCUUGCUAAAUUUUCCGUGCUUCAAGAACAUGGUGUUGACAAGGUUUUUUGGCUGUCAAAGGAAGUACCAUCUUCAAUAUUUCCUAAGCUUUAUAUCUGUCGACCAACUAUUGCAAAUAUGUAUCUUGUAUCAGCACAAGUGCGUUCUGAACGCGAUUUAAAAACAUUUAAUUCAACAUUAUAUUUGGUAUCACGAAGAACAAGCACGUGUGAUAAAAUACUUGAGGAAGAGGGUGUUAUAGGUGAUCUAGUGAUUGGUUCAUUUCCACUAUGGAUGAUUCCUUUCGAAGAAGAUCUCAUUUCUUUGGAAUUGAAAGACAGUUUCAAAGAAAUCUAUAUGGAAGGAAAUGUUGCUGCUAUAUAUCAUUCUGCACACGUUUUAAUGGAGAUACAAGCAACAUAUGGCCUAUUUCCCCAGAUCUUGGGAAAAGGCGAUAAAGCAAAGCAAUUAAAGGAUCUUUUAUUUCGUCUUCGGCAAGAAUACUCAUUAGAGCAUCCAUCAAAUGCGUGUAUUCAUAACAUCAGUGCAAUUAUAGAUAGCCUUAUUAUUAUUGAUAGAGAACUGGAUUUAAUUACUCCUUUGAUGACCCAACUGACUUACGAAGGACUCAUUGAUGAAAUAUACGGAAUAAAAAGCUCAUAUACAGAAGUAUCUUCUUCACUUAUUUCUAAUUUAAAUAUACAAAAUAAUACUCAAACUUUAGCAUCAUCCAAUUUAGUGGAUCAAGAUUUUCAAAAAAAAAAAGUUUUAUUAAAUUCUUCAGAUAAAAUAUUUAAUGCACUUCGUGAUAACAAUUUUUCUACUAUUGGUACUCGUUUAAAUAAAAUUGCCAAACAAUUAUUCGAUGAUUAUGAAGAACGCUAUCAAGCAAAAACCGUUUCUCAAAUACGUGAUUUUGUUAGUAAAUUAGGCAAUUUACAGUUAGAUCACAAAUUAUUAAAAUUCCAUAUUGCUUUAACAGAAGAUAUUAUGAAUAUAACAUCUUCUGAAACUUUUCUGAAAGUACUUGAAAUUCAACAAAAUCUUAUUUCUAAUAUCAACAAUUCACGUAAUUCCUUAGAAGAACUUCUUUCCAAAAAUAUUCCUAUAGCAACUGUCUUACGUUUAAUAUGUCUUGAAAGCGUUAUUUUUGGUGGUAUUCAAUCAAAGGAUUUAGAAAACCUUAAGAGAGAAUUAAUACAUGCUUAUGGAUAUAAAUGUAUCGUAGCAUUUCCAAUUCUUGAACGAACUGGCUUACUUUGUCCUCGUACAUCCAACUCAUAUAAAACAUAUAAUUCUAUUAAUAAGGCUUUCCGAUUAAUUGUUAGUGAUAUAAAUGAACAAAAUCCUGAUGAUAUAUCGUAUGUCUAUAGUGGAUAUGCGCCUUUAAGUAUCCGUAUAGUUCAGUGUGUAAUUCAAAAAUAUUUAUUAAAAUCUAAUUUUAAACAAAAAAAUCCGUUAUCUAGUUGGGAAGGAUUCGAGGAUUCUUUAAAAAUGUUAAAAGGACAACUUUUUAAUGAAACUCAAGAGGAAGAUAGUCAAAUAGUAGGCGUUAAGAAACUACCUAGAACUCAAGAAAAAAAAACAACCAUUGUAUUUUUUUUGGGAGGAUGCACAUUUACAGAAAUAGCAGCUCUCAGAUUUAUUGCUAAACAAGAAAAAGAUUCUAGAGAAAUUAUUAUCAUAACAACUUCAAUAAUUAAUGGAAACAUUAUAGUAGAAUCUGCAUUGCCAAUUAUGUCUUAA